UUGGCAAGUCGCCCGGGAGUGAGUCGCCAAUGUCUGCGGACAACAGGGACUCGUUUCACGGCCAGCUGGCUUCGAUUGUCGAAGCCUUGGCUAACGCGGCUGUGGCUGAGAUCUGCAGACUUGUGGACGAAGGCUACGAAGUCCUGCGUUUGGAGAUUUCGCAGAACCAGAGAGAAAUCGACUGUCUGCGGCGGAAACUGCUGGUCACCAAAUUCCAGAACUCACGACGGAACCAGUUGGACAGGCUCGGUUCGCUGCGGCGCGCUGUUCCGGUUACCCGCGGACCGAGAGACGGCGCCGUGUGUCUGAAGCCUCAUCACAGAGCCCCGGUCCCGGGGCGAGACACCGAGGCCGAGACACCCGUCAUCAUUAAAGUAGAGAGCGGAGGAGGCACUGGACGUAAAGACACCCAACCCUCAAACAACCAGGAGUGUGAGGUAAUCACUGCGGCGUCAGCCAAGUCCUCCACCACCCCACCUGUGUCUAGAUCCCUCAGGGUAGAACCUGAAAAGCAGAUUUCCAACCAACGAAAUCCAAAUGCUAAUCAGAGAUUCCCUAACCUCCCACCACCAUUUAUACCACAGCCCAGCACAUCUGCCAAAGAAAGUGAUCGACGAAACGGUGAUGAUAUAAAUUGCCAGAGCUACUGUGCCAUAUCUAACAGUGAUGAUGAUACAUUCACCCACACCACAAGUAGUCAAAACGACAGCAGUUUGUUUUCCGACCCUUCUUCCUGGACAGAUGUUAAUACAGAUACUGUGACUUGGAAUGACAUGGGGGUUCUUCCUCAUAACCCAGUCCCAGGAGAGGAUGCUGGGGAACCUCUAUCCGAUGGUGGACUGGAUGGAACUCGGACUAAGUCACACGAUUACAGAGUUUUUCUUGGAGUUUCAGAGAGGGGUGGAGAGGUGGUUUCUGAUGUUAUGGGUAGUGUAGUUUCUUCUUUGGCAAGCGAUCUGGAGUGGGAACCCAGUUUAGUAGUGGCAGGCUCCUUUCCCAUUAAAGUUGAAGAAGAUGUGGGCUCAGAAUGGAGCAUAAUGAACAGAGAUCCAACAACAGAGGAAAUGUCUGUUGAAGGAGGACAACAGAAAGAAAAGCGAGAAAGAGUUUUGGGAGCCACUAAGAGGGGUGUGGAAGUGAAAAGAGGACGUGAAGGGAGAGAAAGGCUGAUGGAAAGCAACAAGAAAGAGGGGGUAGAUGAAGUAAAUGCAGAUUGUCCCUUACGUAUGAUGCAAAACACAGGAAUGGCAGAGAGAGCUACAGAGCCCGAGUCAACUCUGGAGAAUGUUAAAACGCUGUUGUCUCACAGCAGCCUUUCCUUGUCCUCUUCGUCCAUCUCUUCAGCGUCGAUCAAAAAAUCGGGGCAACUUUUGGAGUCUCUGUCAAACCAUAGGGGUCAACAGUCAUCUACCCACUUUGCUAACCGCAACCCGUCUGUGAGCAAGCUACCAAACUACCUACUCACGACCACCUUACUCCCCCAGCGCUCAGGCUCUGGCGGAAGGCACCAGGUCCAGUGUGGGCUCUGUGGGAAGGGGUUUGCCAACUUCCCGUCCCUGCGGCGCCACCAGCGCGUGCACACUGGAGAAAAGCCAUUCAGCUGCCGCCACUGCUCCAAGUGCUUCUCCCACCGGCAUCAGAUGAAAAACCACGAGCGGGUUCACACUGGGGAGAAACCGUUCUGCUGCCCAGUCUGCGGCAGACGCUUUGUACAGUCCAAUCACAUGAAGAGACACCUUAGCAUCCACGCAGUGGAACAACAGGUGAAUGUAAUUAACCACCUAGCAGAAUAGAAAAACAGGAGUACUGGUGGCAACUGAGGACCUGAUUGAGAAACACUGCAAUAGAUUUACAGAUUUCAAGCCCAAAUGAGGGAUUCCAGAACCAACCCUGCUUCGGUCCGGUGUAAAAAUGCGUA